AGAAAUUCUUAUGUUCUUGCAUAUCAAGAAAAGAAUGAAGACCAUAUAUUGAAGAGCUGAUGGUUCAAUUAUUAUGUUCACAGCUUGAGACUUGCAUUGAAAAUGGGACAAUUUACUGUUCUUGGCCUUGUGUUGGCAGUUCUAUGUGUCAUAACAGGAGAGUAUAUUUGUACCGGUGAUUCCCACCUGGCAAAUUGCUCCAAACCAGACCUAGAAGCUCUUUUUGACUUCAAAAGUGGCCUUAAUGAUCCUGAAAACAGGCUCUCCUCAUGGCAAGGAAGCAACUGUUGUCAGUGGAACGGAAUUGGGUGCAACAAUAGUACUGGAGCUGUCAUCAUGAUUGAUCUGCACAAUCCUUACCCUAUAAAUUCUGAAUCUUCAAGCAGGUAUGGUUUUUGGAACUUGAGUGGGGAUAUCAGUCCUUCUUUGCUAAAGCUCAAGUCCUUGCAAUAUUUGGAUUUGAGUCUAAACACCUUCAAUGACAUCUCAAUUCCUGAAUUCCUAGGAUCAUCCAAGAAUUUGCGAUAUCUGAACCUAUCAAAAGCUGGAUUUACUGGUGUAAUUCCAGCAAGUCUUGGAAAUCUUUCUAGCUUGCAGUUUCUUGAUGUUUCUUCUGAAUUUGGGAGCUUAAGCUCGGAUAGUCUUGAAUGGGUGGCUGGUCUUGUUUCUUUAAAACAUCUUGCUAUGAAUAACGUUAACCUUUCCCUGGUAGGUUCGGGCUUGGUUGGGAUGUUGAGUAGGCUUUCAUUUCUAAAUGAGUUGCACCUUUCAGAAUGUCAGAUCUUUGGCUCCAUUUCAUCUCUCAACCCUGUAAACUUAACUUCCCUUUCUGUUCUAGACCUUAGUUUCAACUCCUUUAGUUCAGGGUUCCCUGACUGGGUAGUGAAUAUUAGCAGCCUUACUUAUGUUGAUUUAAGCUAUUGUGGUCUGGCUGGAAGAAUUCCACUUGGUUUUGGUGAACUACCAAAUUUGCUAUAUCUGAAUCUUGCUGGAAACUCUAAUCUGUCUGCUAGUUGCUAUCAACUAUUGAGGAGAAGUUGGAAGAAGAUAGAAGUUCUCAAUUUAGCUUCAAAUAAAAUUCAUGGUAAGCUCCCUGCUUCCAUUGGAAACAUGGCAUCUCUCACAAACUUUGAUCUGUUUGACAAUAAUGUUGAGGGUGGGAUCCCAAGCUCCAUUGGUAAACUUUGUAGUUUAAAGUCAUUUGAUUUGUCAGGCAAUAACCUGACUGGCAGUUUGCCCCAGUUCCUUGAAGGAGUACAGAAUUGUGUUUCAAAUAUGCCUUUGCCUAAUUUGAUGUAUUUGAGACUGAGCAACAACCAUUUGGUUGGCACAUUGCCAGAAUGGAUAGGCCAGCUUCAAAAUCUAAUAGAGCUCAGUCUGAACUACAAUUUGCUUGAAGGUUCUAUCCCUGCUUCUUUAGGCCAACUGUCAAACCUUGCUGAUCUUGGUCUUGGAGGCAAUGAACUAAAUGGUACUGUCCCAGAUUCUUUUGGGCUACUAUCCGGUUUGUCUACCUUCGAUGUUUCUUCAAAUCAUUUGACAGGUUUUAUAUCUGAAGCUCAUUUUUCAAAGCUAAGUAAGCUGAAGAUAUUACAUCUGUCUGCCAAUUCUUUGGUUGUUAAUGUCAGUUCCGAUUGGAUCCCACCAUUCCAAGUCCGCAAUCUAGAUAUGGGUUCUUGCUAUCUGGGUCCUUCCUUUCCAACUUGGCUUAGAUCUCAAAAGGAGGUCAAGUUUCUAGAUUUCUCAAAUGCUAGCAUUUCAGGAUCCUUCCCAAACUGGUUCUGGGAUAUUUCUGGCAACCUAUCAUUGUUGAAUGUUUCUUUCAAUCAGUUACAAGGUCAGCUACCAAAUCCUUUAAAUGUUGCUCCCUUUGCAGAUGUUGAUUUCAGCUCGAACCUUUUUGAAGGACCGAUACCUGUUCCAACUGUAGAGAUUGAGUUGCUAGAUCUCUCUAACAAUCAACUCUCUGGUCCUAUCCCACAGAAUAUGAGUGAAUCCAUGCCAAACUUGAUCUUUCUCUCUCUUUCCAGUAACCAAUUAACAGGAGGAAUCCCGAAUACCAUAGGAGAAAUGCUCUCUCUUCAAGUCAUUGAUCUUUCAAGGAACAAAUUAGAUGGAAGCAUUCCUCCAAGCAUUGGGAAUUGUUCUUACCUAAAGGUUCUAGACCUUAGAAACAACAAUCUCUCAGGUGUAAUCCCUGAUACUUUAGGUCAGUUACUACAACUUCAGUCUUUGCAUCUAAACAACAACAACCUCACAGGAAGCAUCCCUCCAUCUUUUAAAAGUUUAUCAAGUUUAGAAACAUUGGAUCUUGGAAAUAACAGCUUAUUUGGCAGCAUUCCCCUGUGGAUAGGAGAUGGCUUUCCAGCUCUCAGAAUACUCAGUUUACGAUCAAAUGUUUUUUCAGGUGAAAUCCCCUCCAAGAUCUCAAAUUUGAGUUCAUUGCAAAUCCUGGACCUGGCAGAAAACAAUUUGACAGGUACCAUUCCGGCAAGCCUUGGUGAUCUUAAAGCAAUUGCAAAAGAGCAAAACAUAAUCCAAUACCUACUCUAUGGGAAGUACAGAGGCCUGUAUUAUGAAGAAAGCUCGAUUAUAGUUCUAAAGGGUCAAACUCUAAAGUUCACCAAGACUCUUUCCCUUGUCACAAGCAUUGAUCUCUCUGGAAAUAAGCUAAAUGGGGAUUUUCCAGAAGCAUUAACAAAACUCUCAGGUUUGGUUGUUUUGAACCUAUCAAGAAACCAUAUCACUGGUGACAUUCCGGGAAAUAUCUCAGAUUUGCAGCAAUUAUCAUCGCUUGACCUUUCGAGUAAUAAUCUCUCAGGUGCAAUCCCAUCAGGAUUGUCUUCACUAUCAUUUUUGGCUUAUUUGAAUCUAUCUAACAAUUAUUUCUCAGGAGCCAUCCCUUAUGUGGGGCAUCUGACAACUUUUGAUGCAUCAUCUUUUAGUGGAAACCAGGGUCUCUGUGGGGCUCCACUUACCAUUAAGUGUGAAAACAAUGGUUUUGACAGAGGAGGGACUGUUGAAGGUGGAAGUGGUGAAGAAAUCAUAGAUCAGUGGUUUUAUUUGAGUGUUGGAUUGGGAUUUGCUGCUGGGAUUCUGGUUCCUUUGCUUAUUAUAUCAACUAGAAAACCUUGGGUUGAUUCCUACUUUGGCCUUGUGGAGAAAAUUAUUGACAUAUCAGGAUUGAGCAACAUAGCAACUGAACGUCACAAGAAUGGGAAUGUUCGCAGAAAUUAACUUAAAUCCCUGUUAAUUUCCUCUCCUUUCAUUAAUAAAUUGUAAAACUCAUUUUUAUUACUAUUUAUUGGAGAUUAAUCUUUUUC